AUGGGCACACUUUUUGCAACUCAGGAAGGCCUACUAGCGGCCAAGGGAGAUAAAUCAGACAUCGUGGCCCGCAAGCUAUUUGUUUGGGGCACAGGCGAAGCAGGCCAGCUGUCGCUCGGCGGUCCUGAUGACGAUAAUAUCCACAAACUUACAAAACCGAAACCAUUUGGCAACAAGGGCAUCUCCGCCGAUACGGAUGCGGGCGAACUUGGUCCCGGUGGCCCAGAGGUAAUUGCUGCUGGUGGCAUGCAUUCUUUACUGAUUGAUGCAAAUGGUCGAAUUCUAUCGUGCGGAAGUGAUGAUCAUGGUACACUUGCGCGUCAGUACCGCGACUCAGAUGAGUCUGAAGACGACUUUUAUUACGUGCUGCGCCCAGUGGAAGGCAUUUCACCUAGUGGAAAGGGUGUGCCAUCAGAGCAGGGGAAAGUACGUCGCUUCCGCGCGACUCGUGUCGCAGCUUCCGACGGAUGCAGCAUCGCACUCAAUGCAGAUGGCGAGCUGGUGUCGUGGGGUCAUUUCAAGGAUGGCGAAGGCAAAGUAUGCUUUGCCGACACGGAUGCUGACAAUGCUCCCCGUGAGCAGUGGACACCUGUCCCGGUGCCGUCGCUGGAAGAUGUGCGCUUUGCGCAGGUUGUGUGCGGUGAGAACCAUGUCCUUGCAUUGACGCUGGAUGGGCGUGUGUAUUCAUGGGGACUCAACAGCAUGUCUCAACUGGGCCGGUUCGCCAACUUGUACCACGUUCGUGCUCGCUUCUUGAAGCGUGACCCUCCAGCCAGUAUGCUUCUGACGCCUGAAGCGAUUCCUGAGCUAAAAAACAUUGUACGCCUCGGAUGUGGUUUGAACACAAGCUUUGCUGUAGACGCCGACGGUCGUGUGUUUGCAUGGGGCCUCAAUACCCGCGGCCAAACAGGUACGGGCCUGAAGAAGGACAAAGUCACACGUCCAACACGCGUCAAGGCCCUCGAUCCUCAUCGUGUAGGUGGCGCACGUGUCGUCCAAGUGGCAGGUGGCGAGUUUCACACGGCGUUUCUUCUUUCGAAUGGCGAUGUCUGGAUCUGUGGUGAUGGUGAUGAAGGCAAACUCGGUUUGCCCGAGACGCAUGAGGCGAUGUCCAAGUCACCGUCGUCAUCUACGAAUGAUCCUAUUGAGCCUGUGCAGCUUCGCACACCUGUGCAUGUGCCGAUGCCAGGCACAGAUGCUCGUGCACAUAUUAUUGGCAUUGCUGCGGGCAUGCGCUUCACGUUUGCCCUGGCUAAGGAUGGCACGCUGUACUCAUGGGGCACGACGUCUGACGAAGCUAUGGGCCAGCCUGCCGAGACAUGGGGUGAUGAUCAAAGCAAGUCAGUGCCAACUCCUGUGCCCAUGCCAGGAGAGCCAGGAUCAUGGCAGAUUGUUAGCGUAGCUACAGCUGGUCAGCACUCAUUGGCUUUGGCGGUUCGAGCGGCGUGA